AUGUGGGAGUUGAUCGCUGCCGCUGCUGCCGGGCUCAAUGCCGGGUCGGGGCUCUACAUUGCCGCGGCGGAGCACCCCGCCGGCCUCGAGGCGGGCGUCGCCACCUAUUGGUCCUUCUUUCCCAAGGUCUCCACCAAGGCCGUGACCCUGUCCACCACCCUGUCCGUCCUGACUGCCGCCGGUGCUGCCGCAGCCUACUUCACAGGUGACCCUGAUCGGGACCCAGCCUGGCUGACGUGCGCGGCAGGCGCCCUGACCGUCCCCGUGUUCGACUUCCUUUUCGUCGCCCCAACCAAGGCCGUCAUUGACAGCCGGGUGAUGAUCGACCAGCCAGUCGCAGAGCGCGAGUCGUGGCUCAGGUCCUGGGGCCGCAAGCAGAUCGUGGAUGUGGCGCUGAAGGUGGCCACUUUUGGUGCCCUGCUCCUGGUUCUGGGUGCCAAGGGCGAGGAUGGCGCGCUCGCUCGCCUGACGCGCCCCCGCUGA